CAGCAUCACUUCCCGCUUUUCGAUCAACCAUAACGGAGCCCCGCAAGAGACCUCGGCAGCCUGAACGAUUGAUGUCCCUCACCGCCGCCUUGAUCAUUUCUCGCGAGGACUUCCUGUUCCCACCAAGACUAAGGAACAUCCUGGUGGGAAGCUAUCCUGGACUUGUACUAUUCCCGCAAAUCAUCUCCAAGAUCUGCGUUCAGGUGGCCCGUUGCAUGUACAAUCGCAAACCGUCAGCCUUUCCGAUCCAUGCCCUGGAAACUAAAUUGCGGAGUUCGCAUGGCGUAAUCCAGGCUCUUCGGCAGUGCAUCGCCAAAGCAAUCAGGGUACCGUCGGGCUAUAAAUCUCCAGGUACCGCCUCUCCCACAGCGUAACGAACCGAUGUAUCGAAGAAAAGUGCAAGUAUACUUCUAUUGACGGCAGACAUGUUGCGACUAACAAGCGCCCUGGUGCUCUUCCAAGCCAUCUUGUGCUCAAGCUUUGCCCAAUUCCAAUCCCUUGGACACGCGCAAUCUUUCAACACAACUCCAAGUCACUUGCAAAUUCCAGUCGUGCAGUCGACCAAGCACGGAAAGACCGAGGCAGGCUACAUUUUUGUGAAUCCGCUCAACCGUACAGCAGGAACUGUCACACCAUGUAUUUUCACCGAUGAUGGCCGGCUGAUCUGGUACAGCUCGUCGCUCUCGUUCGGGCCGUUGAGACCGCAAACAUACCAAAACAAGACUGUCCUGACCACGUGGAUUGGUGCCGUCUUUUCCCAAGGACUGGGCUGGGGUUUCGUGUCAGUCCUCGACGAUACAUAUACUGUGAUACACAAUGUCACCUUGGAAGAUCAGAGUUUCCAGACGUUCAACCAUACGCCUUACCAGUCCUACAUGGACUUCCACGAAAGUCAGGUCACUGAUGACGGGUCGAUUCUGGUCACAGCAUUGAAUAUUACUCCAGCUGACAUGUCCUCGGUUGGUGGUCCGAAUGCUGGGUUUGUCAUUGACAGCUUGUUUUACGAGAUCGACAUUGCAACGAACAAAGUGCUUUUCUCCUGGAGCGGUCUGAAUCAUACCUCGCAGAUUCCUAUGAACAAUAGCAUGCUUCCCCUGACGAGCACGAUCUCUGGCAAUGGAAGUUCGUUUGAACAGCCAUGGGGCUACUUCCACAUGAAUUCAGUUGCGAAGUACGGGUCCAACUAUCUGAUCUCGUCUCGGAUGUUGUGCACUCUUUUCCUCAUAGGACCAGACGGUAACGUGAUUUGGAGACUAUCCGGUAUCGGUGGAGGCGAUUUCAGACUGGGCAUGAACACCCAUUUCUGCUACCAGCACGACGCACGAAUACUGCACCAAGACAGCAAGAAAUUCACUAUAACGUUGCACGACAACGGAGACACAGAGUACGACAACAACACUGUAAGCCGAGCGUUGGUGUUGGACUUAGACAUGACCACGAAGCUUGUCACCGUCAACCGAUCCCUGAGGAAUCCACAUAAUCCUAUCUUUGCUGUUUCUCAGGGCAGUUACCAGACUCUCCUCAACGGACAUGUGCUCACAGGCCACGGAGCAUUUCCAGUCAUCGAAGAAUUCGAUGCCCAGGGAAAUAUCACUAUGACUUUUCAAUUCGGGUCUACGUACGAAACAUCCACAUACCGAGCCUACAAAUCCCCAUGGCACCCCAAUCCUGCCGCUCCACCGGUUGCAGUCGCUUACACAGGCCACGGAACGGACGUCUACAUGAGCUGGAAUGGAGCGACGGAUGUCGAGUCAUGGAAUGUCUAUGCAGGCUCAAACGUAGCGUCCUUGGCUAAGGCGACCUCGAUACCGAAUGGAGGCUUCGAGACGUCGGUCAACCUGGCCAAACAGUUUGGUAUGGUGCAGGUGGAAGCAGUGAGGUCCAAUGGAAGCACCAUGAGAUCGAUUGUCGUGAAGGUGACCAGUCCACCUUGAGAAGGUCACCUGCUGUUGGCCAUGACGGGGUGGCGACCGAUCGACGGGCACACAGGUUGGUCCCAUGUUGGGCUUCUUUGCCGUACAUCUAGAGACAGGAUACAACGUCAAUCAAUCGACAUGAGCGAAAAGUAGCAAAUUGUCUUCCCUAGAUGCUACCAAGAUUAAUGACCUACAUUUGAGCUACAGUCAAUCUUCCCG